AUGACCUCGCUCCUGGAUCUGGAUCCGUAUGCGGUUCUGGGAGUCCCCAAGGACGCCACCACCGCCGAGAUUCGUGCGGCCCAUCGAAAGCGAGUGCUCAAAUGUCAUCCCGAUAAAGUACAAGACGAAGCGCUCCGAAGUGCAGCGCAGGAUGAAUUCCAACGGGUUCAGCAGGCGUAUGAAACCCUAUCCGAUGAAACUCGCCGGAUACGCUACGACCAAAAGGCCAAGCUAGCGGAGUUGAAGCGUGAAGUGCUCGAACAGCGAAGACGAGCCGCAGAGGCAACUCCGGUUUCCUCCCCCCGCGGCAGCGGAAGCUCAAGUUUCCGCGAAGUGCGGGAAGGCCGCGUCUUUGAAGAACGAGUGCCCGUCGACAUUCUGUUAGAUGAAGAGCUGCGAUACACAGAAGAGCCACGGUCAAUGUCGCGCAAGUGUGAGGAAUAUAGCGCACGAUACAAGACACGAUCAACCGAAGAGAAGAAGAAGACACGAACGCCGAUGAGUGCUUUCCGCGCUGCCAAGGAUAUUCGAGACACGACCAAAGCCAAAUAUGCUGACCAGGCCAAACAACGGGACCGCGAUCGCCGCAGUCAAGCCUCCGCCAAAUACGACUAUUUCGACUCAACCGCAGAAUCUGACGACUCGGAUUCAAGCAGACCUGAUCUCUCGGCGGGCCGUGCCAAGCGGCCGGUUUACCGAUCCCGCGAGUCUCGUGAAUCUCGGGAAUCUCGCGAGGCUUACGAAACGCGGGAUUUGCCCCGGGACGCGAGGGAAAUCCGGACUCGGUCGAGAGAAUACGUUCAGCGCCGCACUGGAUCCUAUGAAGAAGAUGAGAGCCAACCCGUUUCUAGCCGCUACAGCAGCCGUAAGCAUGACAGCUUAUAUCACGACGCUGAAGAACAUAUCCAACGUUCCAAAUACGAAGGUCCGCGGGGGUCUCGGUCUCCACAGCGACACCGUGGUUACGAGUCCACCGAGCCAGAGGCGAACACCAGUCGACGCGCGGGACGGUCCUCCCGCUCUGCACGACCAGAGUCAACAUCACGCCAUAACUCCUGGGAAAAGCUUGAGUCUCCGCGCCGGGAGGUCCCGAAAAUGCCCACCUCCGCUACAUCUCCCUACAAGUCCUCAAUUCGCCCAUCUUUGUUUGGAGCACGCGCGACUACCUCAGCAGGGUUCACCCGGCCGAAACGCGAGGGUUCCAGUCGAGAAGAGCCGACUCUGGAGAAGAUGGCCCGCGAGGAAAUUCCUGUGCGGCCGUCCCGACGCUACGACUCGGGUUAUUCCAGUCCAAAUACGCCCGAGAUGCCUGCCAGAGGAGCUUCGCCUAAGACGACCGCUCGCUACAAGAUCCUGGAUCCAACCACCACAGAGCCUUCCAAGUCCUCCAAGUAUCGUGCAAACUCCCCUGUUCGGAUCACCCCCAAGCGUGCCAGUACGUUUGCCUCCUUUGAGAAAGAGUCACCUCGAGUCGAGGUGCGUACGGUGAGGCCGGGGCGUCAAUACGAUGACGAAUUGCCCAUCCGAUCGCGUACUCAAGACGUCAAGUACGCCCGUGAGAUUCGACCGAGCGAGGUCUAUGUUUCGCCGAGUCGAUCUCAUUACUACAGUGACCCUCGCGACCCGCCAAUUGGAAGACGACAAUCUACCGCUGCAUAA